AUGGCUGUUGCAAGAGCGCGCUCCAGCCUUCUUGUAUCGUUGCUGCUUGCUGUGGCCGGUCUGGUCUCUCUUCAGGCCUUCGUGCCGGCCCCUCGUGCCGAGUCCCCUUCUCUGCGUGGCCUGGCGGCGGCCGCCAGCAUUGCCGCAGCACCAGGCGUCGCCUCCGCUGGCGACGAGUACCUGAACUACAACAUGACAGGGGAGUUCACACCUUUCAUGGUCAUUGGAUAUUUUGGCCUGACAACCUUCCUCACCGCCUUCGCGUUUGGCUCCUAUCUCGUGCUGACCAAGCUGAAGAUCAUCUAA